AUGAGGAGCGUUGGAGUGGAGGCCAUCGCCGUCAUCACCGGGUCAUUUCUGUCCGGCGCGAUGAUGAGCGUAUACCUACUCGCAGUCCCAUCUCUGUUCGACACAACAACCGAUCCCGGACAUCUACUCCGUCACUGGAGUCGGAUAUUCCUCAACGGUCAUAUCAAGGGCCCUAUAAUCUGCCUCACUACGACCGCCUUGUACGGCAUUGCCGCCGCCAGCAAGUACUGGGCGGGCGAUACGUGGGCUGUUUUCGCAGCAGCAGGUUUAAUCACUAUCAGCAUGGUGCCGUUUACUUUGACAGCCAUGGUCCCGACAAACAAGGCCCUUUUUCGGCUUGAGAGUGAGGUGAAGAAGGGAAACAUUCCGCCUUGGUCGGACGCUGAGCGCCUGGUACAGAACUGGAAUCGGUUCAACGCUAUCCGGGCUUUCUUUCCCUUGGCUGGUGCUAUUAUGGGCCUGUUAGGGACUCUCAGGCUGGUUGCCUUCUAG